UCGAGAAACAUGUGCUACAUCCGGUUAGAGAAAAAUUGAAAAUGGCGACAAGUGCAGGUGAUUGGUGUUUGAUAGAGAGUGACCCUGGCGUUUUUACAGAACUCAUCAGAGGAUUCGGUUGUGAAGGAAUACAAGUAGAAGAGCUAUGGAGUCUGGAUGCUUCAAGUUUUGAAAAUCUCAAACCAGUGUAUGGACUAAUAUUUCUGUUUAAGUGGCAGCCUGAGUCUGAACCUGAGGGAAGCAUUGUUCAGGACAGUCGAGUGGAGAAAAUUUUCUUUGCGAAGCAGGUUAUCAAUAAUGCCUGUGCCACACAAGCAAUCAUCAGUGUUCUCCUGAACUGUCCCGAGAGUGAGGUCAAACUCGGCCAUACACUGACCCAAUUUAAAGACUUUGCUCAAGCCUUUGAUCCUGCUUUGCGAGGAUUGACACUGAGUAACUCCGACACCAUCCGAGAGGUCCACAACAGUUUUUCAAGGCAGCAGAUGUUUGAGUUUGAUGAGAAGUCGGCUAAAAAGGAUGAUGAUGUCUUCCACUUUGUCAGUUAUAUACCAAUAGAUGGCCGACUUUACGAGUUAGAUGGCCUCAAAGAGGGACCAGUGGAUCUAGGUGCUGUGCCUGCCGACACUGAUUGGCUGGACGUGGUGAGACCAGUUCUAGAGAAAAGGAUGCAGAAAUACAGUACAGAUGAAAUUCACUUUAAUUUGAUGGCAAUAGUGUCUGACAGAAAAGCAUUGUACCAGAAAAGACUAAAGGAGCUUCAGUCACAAGGGAUGGAGGUGGAAGCUGACCAGUUAGAAAUCAGUCAGCUGAUGAUGAAAAUUCAGGAUGAAGACUCAAAAAUGAAAAGAUACAAGAUGGAGAAUAUCAGGAGGAAACACAAUUAUCUCCCUUUUAUUAUGGAACUACUCAAGAUAUUAGCAGAACAAAAGCAGUUACUACCCCUUGUGGAAAAGGCAAAAGAAAAAGCAGCGAAGAAGAAGACUGAGGAAGUAAAAUAAACGACCACGUGCGGAUAAUAUUACAGGAAGGAGCAUGCAGUACAUUGUUACAGCGAAGGUGCGUCUGCAACAUCAUGCUCUUCACAGCUGCCUAAUCAGAAAGUAUAACGGGUAUAUUGUGAGCAAUCACUCUGAUUCCUAGAGCAGACGUUGUUCUUCAUCACAGAUUAAGUCAGUGUUCCUUAAAAAAGGAAUCAAGUGAGCAAAAUUUAGUCUAUAGAAUCUUAAUAAUGAUGAAAUUAUAACACAUGGGAUAUAGGUUUUAAUUAAAGUUACUCUGUUUAUUUGAGUAAAUCAUGAAGAAUUCUUUUAAAAAUUCCCCAGAUUGAAUGAAGAACUAUUGAGGGAAAUAUUAAGGUUAAUUUGUACGGAAAAUAAUAGAAAUUGUCUUGAUUUGCAUCAAGAAGAAUAUUGAGAGGUUUUCUGUCAGAUCAUCCGUGUUUGAAAUUUGCAUAAAGUUUAACAACUUAUCUGGAAUAUUUAGAUGUCGACACUAUUGACACAUGUAUGCAAAAUCAUUAUUGAUGUUGUAUUGUAGGUGUUUUCCCUCAUUUUAUUUUUUGAUGUUUUAACAAAGUUCUUAAAUGUUAUUCAAAUGUCACUCUCUUUAUGCAAUCAAAACUUUUUUUUAUUUGUAUUUUGUUUUUUUAUCUUCUCUGUAGAUUUUUUCUACAUCUGUGGGUUUUUUUUUUUCUUUUUUGUGUGAUUAUAUAAGACCAACACAUGUGCUGCCACUGGUCAAUAUUAUAUAUAGACAGGACAUAACGUGACAAAUGUUUUGUACCAAAGCUAAAUACUUUGGGUCAAUGUUUUGAAAUGCCUGUUUUGACUAGAAUUGUUAUUGUUGUUGUAUUAAAGUAAAGAUAAAAAUC